AUGGCUGGUCCUUCUCCUACCCAUCUCUCACCCCGGACCGCCGGCAGUCCCAUCCUUCCGCCCAACUCGUCGCUCAGGCCGAGCCCUGUCCACGAGGACAGCAGCGCCGACGAGGCUACUGGCUUCAUAUCUUCUACGCCGCCUCUCAAUUACAACUCGCUGAAUGUUACAAGUACCGCGACCUCGGCCCCACAGAUCCGUAAACCAUCCUUACGCCAGCGACCAUCUUCCCAACAAAACAAUGGCGCUGCCCAGAACCCAGAGACGACUCGACAAGCGAAUUCGGAAAGUGGGAAUAUAUCGUGGUGGCAAAGUCAGGCAGAGAAGUUUCAGUCGAUAGAGCUGGAGAACAAAGGCAGCGUCGCUCGUGAUCACCUCGCCAUCGGUAAGCUUCACCCUUGGUACUUGGGUUACCAAUCUAACAGCCUACAAGAACGAACAUUUCUGGCAUGGCUACGCACAUCUCUCAGUUUUGCAUCCAUAGGGAUAGCAGUGACACAGCUCUUUCGUCUCAAUACAUCUCUCGAAAGCGAGCAUGGCAAUAACUCUCGGAGCAAUGCCCAGACACUACGACAUAUGGGCAAGCCGCUUGGGACCACGUUCCUCGGUAUCAGUAUACUGAUUCUCUUCCUUGGCUAUAAACGCUAUUUUCAAUCUCAGCACUGGGUCAUGCAGGGAAAGUUUCCUGCUAGCCGCGGCACAAUCAUGAUUGUUGCGUUUGUCGCUUUGGCCAUCAUGGUUGUUUCUCUUGUGGUCGUCAUCGCUAUCCACCCGUCUGAGCAUGAGCUAUGA